AAGCCAUUCAGGGAGCGAGAGUCAACUUGGAUCAAUGUAAACAGUUUUGUCUCCAGAGAAAAAUGAGAUGGAAAAAUGCACAGAUAUUAACCAGAGACGGAGAACGUUACUGAACUACCGAAGAGUUCGGGGGAAUCCGGCAGCGCAGCAAAAACAGAUCCAGUUAGAUUCUUCUGUAAACUGUGUACAAGGCUUGGAACCAAUCAAGCCAACAGUCUUUAAAGUUGCCAUUAAGAACAAGUAUGAUAUUAGAGCAACAGACCAAAGCCCAUCUCUUAAACAGCCUCCUGAUUCUUCUCAACUAAAUUUAGGUAAAGUCACUGCAUGGGGUAAUGCAAGUUCCAUGUCAGCAUCAUUAAAGAGGCAAUGUACACUAACAACAGAACCUCAAAGAUACCCUUCCAGAUCAACAAAUCCAAAAGGCAAAACACCAGUUCAGAACAAAAUGUUCUAUAUUACAGGAGAAGGUAAUAGACGUACUAAGUAUGAUGCUGAAGACCAGGUUUCAAGAAAAGAAGUUGUGAUGGAAACGCCAUGUGAAACAGCUGCUUCAUCUGUGACAUUUGAUUCAGAAUUUCAGGGGACUGAAGUAAAUAUCCGUGAAACACUUCACUUCUAUUUGCCUAUCCAUGACAUUCAAGAUGAGGAGGAGUUCACAACCAUUGGGGAACCACCUGCAGAUGUUUCACAGGAUCCUGUCAUAACCAAUGGAGUUUUAAAGAGAGAACAGAAUUGCAAAAAUACUAAAACAAAGCAAGAUGAUAAGAAUGGCAACAGGGUUAAAGAUUCUGCCUGGGCAUCUGCACAUGGUAUUGGGCUCCAGGAUCAGAUGCAGAGAAGGCUAACACGUGCAAGGAAGAGUGUUCCUGUUCCUGUAGUUACUGUUUAUUCUAUAGAAGAAAAUGAGUAUUCUGAAAUAUCGGAGCAUCCCUGGAACAGACUAAGUCAAACACAACCAUUAAAGCACAAUUAUGUCAACCGUCCAGUAGUUGAUUUAACUAUAUAUGACUUGGAAACUGAACUGGAUGAGGACCACAGUUUCCAGGCGAACACACAUGUCAACAAUUCACAAUCAAAUGCUAAUGAAAAUCUUUCUCUUACUUCCUGUGCAAAAAAUGACAAAGAAAAAUCAAAGACCGUUGGAUCCAGUACAUGGAAACCACAACGCUAUGUUGUCAUUGACCAAACUAACUUCUUGGCUAGACCUCAGAAUAUUCAGCAUAAACCAUGUAUAUCAAGUGUACAAAUGGUCCAAAAUAAGCUGUCACAUACCAAACAAUAGUGCUUCCUCUUAAAAAGUUGAUUAUUUGAUUACGUAGGAAGUUCAGGGAUGAUUAAGGAAGAACUUAAUGAAGAUUUAUAAGUUUAUGAGGGAUUUUCAUAGAAAAGGAGAAACUUUACACUGGCAGGAGAAUCAAUAACCAGAAAUGGCACGUUUAAGAUAAUUGGCAAAAGAACUAAUUUGGAGUGGAAGAGAGAUUCUUUUAUAAAGUGAGUUAUAAUGAUCUGGAUAACACUCCCCGAAAGGUUGUGAGAAGUAAACUCAGCAGUAAAUAUCAAAUGCCAUUGGACAUAUACUUGAAAAAGAAAUAUUAACAGGGUUUUUGUCAAAGAGCAGCAAAAUUAUUUGCACAGCUGCACAGAGAAUUAUCACAGGCAUAAUAAACCAAUGGCUUCUGCUGUAGUCCAGAAUAGUACAUGAGCAUUGUUGUGUAAUAAGGAAUUAUUUUAAAGUUAAGAUCACAACCAAAUCUGGAAUGGACAUGACAGGUUAUCAAGUAAGGAAUGAUUUGUUUUGUAGAUAUCUGCAGUCUUUGAUAUCACUACAAAGAUAUAUCAAUUUCAAAGAAUCCAAACAUUCAUAACCAUUUACAAAUAUUGUUUUAAUCAUUUAUCUAGUGACUGAUGUGAAAGCCAAAAAUAAGCUUGGAGAAGCAGAUUUAAGUACUAUGUGAAUAUCUUAAGCAGGCAAUAGUUGAUGGUCUUGGUCAAGCUUUGGCAUACAAACAUUUGUUCAAAAUUGAAUUGGUACCCAUCUUUUCUAGUUUAUUUUAAUUGCAUUCUAAUUGGUAUGAUGAGCUUUAAGUUGCCCUUAUGAAUAAUCUGGUAGCUGCAGCAGGUAGGGGAUGGUGCCAGUUUCCUUGGAUGCCGUUUUUCCAGUUUGACCCUGCUAAUGAACUCUUGUGAAAGAUGUUUGUGUCAAAUACUUACCACCCCCUUUAUUUUUGUGCUGACAAUUAGGGUUUCCUGGUCAAUAUGUUAUUCCAUCUGCUUUUGAGAUUCUGUCAAUAUAAGCCAAAUUAACUACUAUGAAAAGUGAGCUCAGGUUAACAACCACAUUAUCACAGCUCACUUUAGCCAAUAAUUGAUCAUGACACUUGGUUCUAUUGUAGCUGUUCGGAAGGUUACAGCUGUUAUGUGCUAUAUUUGAACUCUGUAUUGUAGACACCGUUUUUAAGUUUCAGAAAUUAUUUCAAGCAAUUUAUUUUGAUUGAAUAUUUCUAUCUAGUUUAAUUUGAAGAAGCUGAAUAAAAAUUAGUACACAAACUCUAAUGUAAAUUAUAAUGUCACGUAACCAAAUUUCUUUUGUUCUGGGGACUGUAAAUCCUGAAAUAUCAUACAAU